CCUGGUCUAUUGUUUAUCAUUGUUCUUGGGAGGGCUAAGCUGUCUGUACCUCAGUUUAGUGGAAAGUGAUUGUUGGAUAUGUGGAGUCCAUGUAGAAGCUGACACUGAAGAUGUGUGCAUUGUAGAAAGAUUGUUCUCCAGCAGCUUGGUGGCUAUCGUUAGCCUCAAAGCUCCCCGGAAGCUGAAGGUUUGCCACUUUAAGAAGGGCACUGAGAUCUGUAACUACAGCUACUCCAACACAAUUCUGGCUGUAAAGCUCAACAGGCAGAGACUCAUUGUGUGCCUGGAAGAAUCUCUCUACAUACACAACAUUCGGGAUAUGAAGGUACUGCAUACCAUCAGGGAGACCCCCCCAAACCCUGCAGGCUUGUGUGCACUGUCAAUAAACAAUGACAACUGCUACUUGGCGUACCCAGGGAGUGCCACCAUCGGAGAGGUGCAGGUCUUCGACACCAUUAAUUUGAGAGCUGCAAACAUGAUCCCAGCUCAUGACAGUCCUUUAGCAGCGCUGGCUUUUGACUCAAGUGGAACCAAACUUGCCACUGCUUCUGAGAAGGGGACCGUGAUUAGGGUAUUUUCCAUUCCAGAGGGACAAAAACUCUUUGAGUUCCGGAGAGGAGUAAAGAGGUGCGUGAGCAUCUGCUCGCUGGCCUUCAGCAUGGAUGGCAUGUUCCUCUCUGCAUCUAGCAACACCGAGACUGUGCACAUCUUCAAGCUCGAGACUGUGAAGGAGAAGCCCCCUGAGGAGCCUACCACUUGGACUGGCUACUUUGGGAAGGUGCUCAUGGCAUCCACCAGCUACCUGCCCUCACAGGUGACAGAGAUGUUCAACCAGGGCAGAGCCUUCGCCACCGUCCGCCUGCCCUUCUGUGGCCACAAGAACAUCUGCUCCUUAGCCACAAUUCAGAAGAUUCCCCGGUUAUUGGUGGGCGCUUCCGAUGGCUACUUGUACAUGUACAACCUGGACCCCCAGGAGGGCGGCGAGUGCGCCUUGAUGCGACAGCACAGGCUGGAUGGCAGUAUGGAGACGACCAGUGAAAUCGUAGACUCUGCCUCUCACGACUGCCCCUUAGUAACACAGACCUACGGCGCCGCAAAAGGUGCUUAUGUGCCCUCUUCCCCCACGAGGCUUGGUAAGGGGCAGGACGCGAACCUGGAAGCCUACACUGAAGACCUGGGUGCCGUGGGUGGCAUGUGCCUGGAGGACGAGGCCAGCGCCCUGCGCCUGGACGAGGACAGCGAGCACCCUCCCAUGAUCCUGAGGACGGACUAGUGAAAGACAGACUCAGCAGGGGAUUCUGCAUUGCUGCUAUGGACUUUGACAUAGACUGGGGAGAGGAUGGCAGAGACUAAAAACCGUACUAGUCUAACUCCAUACUUCUGAGAAGAAGCACCGUUUCACUGCAGUGGCUUUUAAUCCUGCUUAUGAAUUUUAGCUCUUUGUUUUCUCUCUCUCUCUUUUUUUUUUUUUUU